CACAAAGCUCCAGCCAGUCGGGAAAGCUGGACGGAGAUGAAAUGAUGCCUGUAGGACUGACUCUGUCUCUUUAGUGUUCAACACUGAGUGUGUGUAGGGUGGACUGGACUGCGACCCACGUCUCUCACGUACGACGCUGUCUGCUUUCAGUAGCUUUAUCGUUUUUCUAAGUAGGCUAUUCGUAAGGAUGGGAUUAAAUUGACCAACAGUGAAUGUUUUGCCUUGCUUUUUUAACGCUUUUCGCGAAUUGUGUCGUUUUAACGGCCUGUUGCAGUAUUUAUAUUUUACUGAUGGCGGAACUGUAACUUGAAAUCGUGACCAGCGGUUGCCUAUUCGUCACUCUUCUAUAUUCAAUGAAACACGUUUGCAGCUACAACAUCGCUGCAAGCCUCAGGAGGUCCUGCGUGCUCAGUUGGUCUUAAAGGAGCCGUCAAAGCAGCACGAAAGGGUAAAAUGACUAUGUCCGUUCCAGAGAACAUAUCGGGGUCCGGGGGGAAAGAGGAGGAGAGUGAAGAAGAUGAGAGUGAGAUCUUGGAGGAAAGCCCCUGCGGCCGCUGGCAGAAACGACGGGAGCAGAAGAAAGUCUUACUGGUUUGGAAUGACAUGAGGGUCAGUCAAGGAAAUGUCCCAGGCAUUGAGAGUGCGUACUUGGCCAUGGACACUGAAGAGGGGGUGGAGGUGGUGUGGAAUGAAGUGCAGUUUUCAGACAAGAAGGUUUUCAAGUCCUUUGAGGAGCGGAUACGAGAGAUGUUUGAGAACCUUAUGCAGGUGGAGCAUCCGAAUAUCGUAAAAUUUCACAAGUACUGGCUGGACAUGAGAGAGAGCAGAGCGAGGGUGAUUUUUAUCACUGAAUAUAUGUCAUCUGGAAGUCUCAAGCAGUUUUUGAAGAAGACAAAGAAAAACCACAAAACUAUGAAUGUGAAGGCAUGGAAGCGUUGGUGCACGCAGAUACUUUCUGCACUCAGUUACUUGCAUUCAUGUGAUCCGUCCAUUAUCCACGGUAACCUGACCUGUGACACCAUCUUCAUUCAGCACAACGGCCUCAUAAAGAUCGGCUCAGUUUGGCACAGGCUGUUUGUAAAUGUAUUUGCUGAGGCGAUUCAUGGGAAUGUGCAUCAACAUCGAGAUGAAAUGCGGAACCAGCAUUUUUUUGCUCCAGAGUAUGGAAUUGCUGAAGAUGACUAUGCCAUCGAUAUAUUUUCAUUUGGUAUCUGUGGCUUGGAGAUGGCAGUAUUGGAAAUCCAGGCCAAUGGAGACUCAGCAGUUUUGAAAGAGGCCGUUGAUCAUGCUGGAAAGUCACUUGAGGAUCCUCUCAUGAGGGAAUUUAUCCAGUCGUGUGUACGCACAGAAACCAAGUUGAGACCCACGGCUCAUGACCUGCUGUUCCACAGAGUGUUAUUUGAGGUCCACUCCUUAAAACUGCUUGCUGCGCAUUGCUUUAUCAAUAACCAGUAUCUCCUUCCUGAGAAUUGUGUAGAAGAGAAGACCAAGUCUUUUGACCCUAAUGGUAUCAUGGCAGAGAUUAAUCAUCGUGACCGACCUGGAGUCCAUUUAAAGUAUUCUCACGUAUCACCUCUGGAAUUGGACAAAUUUCUUGAGGAUGUGAAAAAUGGCAUAUAUCCCCUGAUGAACUUUGCUUCCCAGCGGCCACAUCCUAUCCCCCGCGCUCUUUCUUUGUCACAGGAACAGAUGGAGACUGUGAAGACCCCGACCCCAGAACCACUGGAGACUGAAACCAGAAAGGUUGUACAGAUCCAAUGUAAUCUGGAAGCAAAUGAGGAAGGCACAAGGAGUCAUCUCUCUCUCUUUUUAAAGAUGGAUGAUAGACUUCACCGUCAGCUUAGCUGUGAUGUUUUGCCAUCUGACAGUCCCAAAGAUUUGGCUAGUGAGUUGGUUCACCAUGCUUUCAUCAGUGAGGAAGACUGCGAAAAGUUGGCAUGUUUUCUUGAGGAUGCAUUAUGUAAGCACUGGUCAGGGACGUCCACCUCCCCUACUGCAAUGGCUGUGAUGUACUAAGCCCAGCUGGUCCUAGAAUAGACACAGUGCCUGAAGACUGGGCCAGAGCUUGAGAAAAAGAGAGAGCAAAAGAUCCAGACUGACUAGAGGGAAAUGAGACCAAAAAUGCAAUAUUGCAUAAUGAAGGUCAUGACAAGAUGAAUUGAGAAUAAGCGAUGGGCCUGGGGAGAAAGCUCGUCACACAGCAUGAUACCUGCACAAACUCCAAAGAGCUCCAACUGUUUACUUAAAUCUUGAAGUUCAAAUUACUGAUGUCAUUUUACCAUGACGAAGAAAUACAUUUCCAUUACUUGCAGAGAUUCUGCCUUCAGUGCCAGCAUUUUGGGUUGUGACUUUUUUCACAGACUGAUUCACAGAUUUUUUUUAAAACAUCUCUCCGAGUCAUCGUGUCUAUGGCAUAAUCAACAUCUAGCGAAGGACAAAGUUUCACACAAACUGAUGAUUUUAGGUUGAAAGAGCUUUGGGAACCUGAGGGAGGAGGCUAAGUGUCUAAGAAAUAUUUGCCAUCAGGCAAUAUGAUUGGAGCAUGUUUGUUCUAGACUUAAAUGUAUUAUUUAUUAUUUUAAACAAGUACUAGAAGGUCUUGGUAUACAUGUUUAAAAGGAAAAUGUAUCAAAAUGUUUAAUUCUACAUUUCUAUAUUAUCUUAUUCUGUAUGCUUUAACAGGCUGACUUUGAGCAGACGAAUGUACAGUACAAUGACAAGUGCUCUUGUUAUAAUUAUAUUUCUCUUUUUUUAAUUUUUUUUUAUUUAAGACCCUCAACUUCAUUUCUUGCUCUUAAUGUGGAGUGACUUAUACAUACAGAGUUUAAAAUGUCUGUUCUGAAUUGCUUCCAUGACACUAUGGUGAUCUCAAUAGCUUUACUCAUGCAGACGGUAAUGAACUUUGCAAAUAUUUGUAAACCGUGGCAAUAAUGCUAUCCUGGAAUGGUACACUACCGUUUUUAAGUUUGGGGUCAGUGAGAUUUUUAUGUUAUGAAUGAAAUGAAUACUUUUAUUCCACAAGGAUGCA